UCGAACGUAUCACACGACUAUUGUCUCACAUAGCAACACAUCUAAAUCUGAUAAUUAUUAACCAGCAACACGUGUGGACAGCAAAGACUAAAUUAAGUUUCCCGGAAAAAAGUAGCACUUCUGAAAGCCAGUCUGGUAACCCGAAUCUCAAAAUAAUGUAGUCUUCUUCUAAGGAUGGAUCGCUGGGUUGGACGGGUUGCUCUUGUAACUGGAGCCAGUGUUGGCAUUGGAGCAGCUAUUUGUCGAAAACUUGUUGAAUGUGGGCUUGUUGUUGUCGGAUGCGCCAGGAAUGUUGAGAAAAUUCGAAAGUUGGGUGAAGGACUUGAAUCAGCAAAAGGAAAGCUUCAUGCAUAUCAGUGUGAUUUGUCUAAAGAAGAAGAGAUAUUAACUCUAUUUGAAUGGAUCAAAAGCAAUGUAGGGGGCGUCGAUGUAUGUAUCAAUAAUGCUGGAUUCGGAGAUUACGGCACACUUCUUGGCCCUGAGGCUACGGUUUCAGCAUGGAAGUCUAUGCUUGACGUCAAUGUCAUAGCCUUAUGUCUAUGCACCAAGGAAGCCGUAAAUUCCAUGCGCGAACGGGGAGUGGAUGAUGGUCAAAUUAUCCACAUCAGCAGUCUUUCAGGCCAUCGGGUACCAAUCAGUCCAGGGAAUCAUUUUUACAGCGCUACAAAAUUUUGCGUCCGGUCUCUGACGGAAGGCCAUAGACAAGAGCUGAGAGAUCUUAAAACCAAUAUCCGAGUCGCGGCUAUCAGUCCAGGUUUCGUAGCAACAGAUUUUUUCGUGAAUGCUUUGCAUAGCACUAGUAGUAACGCCGAAAGUGUUACAGACCUUUUUUCGACGAUGAAGCCUAUUGACCCGGUGGACGUAGCUGAUUCAGUGGUCUAUAUCUUAAGUACACCGCCCCAUGUUCAGGUCCAUGACAUACUGAUGCGACCUACACAGCAAAAAACAUGAAUGGCGUCAACAGUUUUGUUACCGUCCGGUACAAAUAGUUGUGUUACUCAAGCUUGAUCUACUUGUGUUAUUACUGCUGUUCUUCGCACACCUUGAACGUGGAAAGGAAGCAAAAAAUAUUAGCUAAACUUGUUUGAAUACAUUAUAUAUCAGUGUUGCCCUAGA